CAUAACGAUAAUCGAUAAACAUCAAAUUCCUCGCCACAUCCAACAAUCUUUCUUUUCUUGGCCGCGGUGAUGACUAAGCAAUCUCAAUCCUCUUUCCCUUUUUAAUCCCCACCAAAUCUCUCGGAAUCACACUCGCCAUUCUUAUCCCUCACUCAUCUCUCUCUCUUUCUCAGGUUGAUUUAUAAUUUUAUACUAGUUUUUAGCAAUGGGGAGUGCGUUAUCGGUGUUGACUCAGUAUGAUAUUGAAGAAGUUCAAGAACACUGUAAUCAUCUAUGUAGUUACUCAGCAAGAGAUAGUGUCUCUUUACAAGAGAUUUUGCCAACUAGAUAGGAAUUCCAAAGGCUUCAUUUCAAGUGAUGAGUUCUUGUCAGUACCUGAGUUUGCUAUGAAUCCACUUUCUCAGAGGUUGCUUAAAAUGACAGAUGGGCUGAAUUUCAAGGACUUUGUUGCAUUCUUGUCUGCUUUCAGUGCUAAAGCAACUGUACAACAGAAAAUCGAGCUUAUCUUCAAAGUAUAUGAUUCUGAUAGCAAUGGGAAGGUGACUUUCAAAGAAAUUAUAGAAGUGCUCCAGGAUCUCAGUGGCGCGUUUAUAUCAGACAAGCAACAAGAGCUCUUCUGGGGGCAGGAGGUUCUUAGUCAGCUGUUGCAAGAAGCAGGUUACACAAAAGAGUCGUCUCUUAUGUUGGACGACUUCAUCAAGCUUUGGUUCGAUUCUUUAAUGCAGAUACUGGAUCAUCAAGGUUUGAAAAUGGAAGUAGAAAUCCCAGUGGAGUAGCCUAGUCAAAGCUGCUACUCAUCUUCAUCUUCCAUUGAAAAUGCAGCAACUUGUAUAUGUGCACAAAUGCAAUAUAACAGCAUUAUUACACCUUUGAAGAAAAUUCAACAGAGGAAAUAGGAGACCUGUGUCUAAAUAAAUCUUAGUCUUUGCCGACUUGCUUUA